AUGGCAGCGGCGCCGGUAGAUGACCGCAAACGCGUCAAGGUGUACGAGCUGCGGCAGACGGACUGGUAUGAUCGCGGGACGGGUUUCUGUGUCGGCGAGAUUGUCGGAGGACCUGACGCCAACCCGGAUUGUCCGGACGCGCGCAUCGUCGUCCACAGCGAGGAACGCCCCGGCCAGAAAAUCCUCGAAACGCGCAUCACAAAGGACGACGGCUACCAACAGCAGCAGCAGACCCUCAUCGUGUGGACCGAGGCCGAUGGCGUGGAUAUGGCCCUCAGCUUCCAGGAAGCUGAAGGCUGCACCACCAUUUGGCAGUUCGUGAGCGAAGUGCAGUCAAAACUCAGCUUGUUUGCGCCCGAGGGAGGUUUAUCGGAUGAUGACAUGCUGGAUACUCUGCCACUGCCAAUAGCUCUACCGAAGCCUCAGCUUGGGCGCUUAGAGGAAGUGGUCGCGACGAUACGCAAUGUUUCGGGAACCCCAUCUGGACGUGAAGCGCUCGUCAAGUUCAUCAUGAACCCGGACUCGCCGUACAUUGAUAGACUCGCACCACUUGUCGAGGAUGCCGAGGAUCUCGAGUCAGUCCAUGAUCUACACCAGCUUUGCAAUAUCAUGAAGCACCUCAUUCUACUCAAUGAUAAUUCCAUCAUUGAGUAUGUGGUAACGGACAACGUGAUCAUGGGCGUGCUCGGCGCACUGGAGUAUGAUCCUGACUUCCCCUCACAUCGCGCGGCGCAUCGCCAGUUCCUCCGAGAAACCUCGAAAUUCAAAGAGGUUGUCAAAUUUAAGGAUCCUGAAAUCCGCAACAAAAUCCAAUACACGCAUCGCCUCCUGUAUCUCAAAGAUGUCGUGCUGGCGCGCAUCCUCGACGACCCCACGUUUUCGGUUCUCAACUCGCUCAUAUUCUUCCAUCACGUGGACAUCAUUCAGUACAUCACAUCGGAUUCCGAGCACUGUGAGAAGCUUUUCGCCAUCAUAAAGGACGAGGAAGAGUCGGCGGAGAACAAGAAGAUUGCCGUGCUCUUCAUUCAGAAUUGCUGCGCUGUUGCUAAGAACAUUCAACCAGCCAAUCGCGAAAAGCUUUACACGACAUUAAUAAGCCAUGGGCUAUUCUCGGUGGUCAGCUUCGCUCUACGACACCACGAUGCGAGCGUGCGAGUCGCGGGAACCGAUGUCCUCGUAUCACUGAUCGAUAGCGACCCCAAUACGGUACGGAACCACAUGAUUGAAGAAGGCAAUCGCAAGGAUGGCUCCUUGAUGGACACUUUGAUUGAGCUUCUCUUGGUCGAGGUUGACCUGGGCGUGAAAAGCCAGAUGGCGGAUGCGAUCAAAAUUCUACUCGACCCGACGCUGACCCACGCAGCCUUGGAGAGCAUGCACCGACACCAACCCGAAGGGAACAAGCGCGGAAGCAUGGUCAAUUGGCAACAGCAACAGCAUGCGGAGUUUAACAGGAUCCUCAAAAUCGUUGUCACCCAAUUCUACGCCGACGGGGUGCAGAAAUUGUUUCAGCCACUUAAUGAUCUUGAACAUCGCGAGGACAUGAACUCGCUCACGGUGCAGGAACUCAAUCUCUACACUCACCUUGUGGAGAUCCUCUGUUUCUUCGCGCGCCAGCACAACUAUGAUUUGACUGCAUAUGUCCGGUCGGAGAACAUGCAUGCGAAGAUUGCGCGUCUUCUCCGUUCUCGCAAGAAGUACAUGAGACUCGUGGCGCUGAAAUGGUUCCGCACUUGUAUUGGCUUGCAAGACGCGACCCACCGAGAUGAGAUGAUGCGGGAGCAGUUGUUCGAGCCGAUCCUCGAUAUUGUCUAUGAGACCAUGCCGCGGGAUAACUUGCUCAAUAGCGCUUGCCUGGAAAUCUUCGACUUCAUUCGGGCACAGAACAUUCGACCUCUAGUAAAGCAUCUCGGAAGCUUGUAUCGGGAUCGUCUGCACGCGAUCACCUACGUCCCGACAUUCCGGGCCUUGCUUGCGCAAUAUGAGGAGAACGUUCGAUCAGCACGGAUCCUGGAGGCGGACAACAGUUUCACGACUGAGCCGGAUACUCCACCUCUCAACACGAUGCUUCCAAGUCUCCCAAGUAGACGUGAAAUGUACGAGUCAUUAACAGGAAAACCCGCGAAUGAGGCGGAUUUCCCUGACGAUGACGACGACUUUGACGGAGAUAUGAUUGAUGAUGAUGAAAGCGCCUUGCCAACUGCACCGAUUCUCAAAUCCCACCCACCAAACGGACAUGUCAACUCGAAGGGACCUCUGGUGGAUUACCCUGACGAUGAUGACGACGACGACGAAGAUGACGACGAUCGCGGCCGCUACGUUGACAUCCUUGCCAGCUCCCCUGAUCCACAGCGCGAGAAGAAGAGCAGCGACGACACCAACACCUCCGAUAUGUCCAGCAGCGACGACUGCGCCCGCCCGAAUCGCACUUCUCAAACACCCUCGAAGCGCCGCCGCAGCGACGCCGAAGAUGAAGACGACGAACUCGGCAAACUCAUGACUCGCGCCAAACGCCGCAACAGCUCCGCUUCAACCACACCCAACACCAGUCAAUCUCAACACAACAACCGCUCGCCACCAUCUAGACCGGACGGCUCGGAUCCCGACCUCCAUCGCGAGGAUUCCGGAAGUCAAUCCCCAACCCUCCCCGCCGAUUCGCCCACCCAAGACACAAUGCAGCCCAGUCCCGGACACGGCCACACGCUUCGGCGUAAAGGCAGCCUGAAGACGAAAAACGAGACUGCCGCCACGAACGGCAAAAUGUCGAUCAAAUUGAGCCUGGGCGGAUCAAAAGGGCAUCACAAAAAUUCUCAUCAUAAGAAUUCUUCAUCAGGAAGGACAACCAGUAAUGAGGAGCAGCAAAAUUCUGCAGGUGAAGCGGACGGAUGA